AUGUUUUGUUCACAGUUUGCGACGCCUCGACCCGGCGGGGAGUCUUCGUGUUUGCAAGGCCCCGACUGUUUUAUGUGCUGGGAGAAUUGUGAGUUACUCCAAUCGAAUUAUCAAGUGUGGGGAGCGGUCUGCGAUGAGAAGGACAUUUGUUUCCCGGGUUGCAAAGUUGCUUGUGAGUUCCACGCAGAAGCGGCAAGGGCGUCUCAGACGCAACCAGUAAUUCAUACUAAAGGCGAAGGCGUGAUGCGAGUAAGCGGUGCACUCGCUCGUUGGCCCCCACCAGCCCCCCGAGCUACGACUCGACCGGCACCCCUAGUUUACGUAGUGAUGCGUCGCGCCGCAGAAGGACCCUGGCGACAAAUCAUACAAACCCAAGCCCUGGCUACACGCGUUCCUUCAAACAACGAAGGUGCCCUACUGCGUGUACUAGUUGUCGAUCCCUUAGGCCUUGUAACGAUCUACAGCCCGGACGAAACUUGGGUAGCUCACGACAGCAAUACAUCCAACCACGACGAACACAAAUGGAUCCUAAAAGAAAUUUCGCUCAUUCAUCAAAAAGUUCUCGUCAUCGGCGAAAUCGCUUGGGAACCGAGGAUAGCUCGCGGUGUUUAUCUAGUGACGUGGGAGGUUGAUGGAGGUGGUUUAAAGGGGAAUCUAUUCACAGAUUCCACUAGAGUUACAUUAUCUCUGUGGCCAGAUACCAUUUAUCAUAUUCAAGUGGAACUGGUUUCUCGCACGCCGGGUGUUGAUAAUGAAAAAUCGGAGACCAUGACAAUAGAUACUAGCCGCGCUCAACGUGUUUCGACGGAGAGCGUGCAAGACGUCGAAGUGAGUGAAGGCGAUCGUCUUAUGUCUGUUCUAGUGAGUUCGAUGAGGGGAGAACGUGUGCCGGAGCGCGCCCCAGACUCUGAAUUAGUCUUAGGAUGUCUUUCCGCAAUGAUAGCUUUCGGAUUAGCCGUUCUCGCCGCAAUCAUUUGGAGACGAAGACGACGCGGUACCUUCCCAGGAACCAAUGUGUAUGUGGGGUCCUCGUCUGUCCUGAAACGUAAAUUAGUGGAAGACUUCACUCCGACCGGGCACUGUUUUCAACCUGUGCUAGCUCCGCAAACUCCAACCAACGUUCCCCCUUCGAGGGAUGUCGUAGUGUGA